AUACGAAAAGUGUGUUCGAAACAAAACACGUUGGCUUUGGACAAAUGUGCACAAUCUUCUCCCAGAAUCUCGCUCUCUCCUUCCAUCGUUCUUUCUCAGUGGUUCAAAACCAAAAUAUCAAGCACACGUCUCACUUUAUAACAUCAUCUUCCUCCCACUGAUUUCUAUUUCUUCUACACACAAUGAAUCUCUCACAUUCCAUAAUUUCCCAUGUCAAUAAAUAAUGAUAAUAGUAGUAAUCACAAGUCUUAAUUGCCUUGGAGUUUUCUUUCUUGAGCAUUAAAAACAACGCCUUUCCUCCCAAAAAGGUCCAUUGUAACUUGUGGGUGCCAAGAAUCUUCUUGUGCUUAAAACCCACGUCGAUGGUUCCAUCAAUAUAAGCUUUGUGAAUGAUUUUGUUUAUGGCAACAUGUUCUGGGCUUUUCGUUCUUUGUGGGGUUUCAUAUCCACUGUUGUGGUUUAUUUCUCUGGGCUCAUACUUAGAUACAUAUUAAGGUUUCUUCAGCUUGGUGAUGCAAAGAAUGAGGUUAACGUUCAACCACCUGAUGCAGAUUCUGAGGCCAAUGGGAUCUCAGAAAAACUUGCUACUUUCUUCUUUUGGAGGGAAAAUUUUCUAGAAGUUGGUGAAGAAAGACAAACUGAAAUAGAAACAGAGAGCUCUGCUUUCAUGGAAGAUAAUGGAAAAAGUGACGGAGAAACAGAGAGCUCUGUUUUGAAGAAGGUUGAAUGUGAUACUAAUAAAGACCAUGCGGAAAGUGGAAUAGAAGGUGAAGAAGAUGGAUCUGAUUUCAUGGAGAGUAACUCUUCUGUUCAUGAAGAUGCUGAGAAGAAUGUUGCUGAAGAAGAGGGAUUUGUGUUCAUGGAAAUGGACUGGGAUCCUCGUAAAUGUAAACUAGAUGAAGAUGACACAGAGUUGUUGGGGUUAAUCGAGAGCAAUUCUAGUGUUCUUGAAGGUGGGGAGAAAAUUGAUGAAAGCAAACCAGAGGAAUCUGUUUACAUGGAGAACGGUAUUAACACCAUGAAGAGAGAAGAAGAAAAAGAAGAGGAAACUGUGGAGACUAAUUUCACAACAAACACGAGGAAGUGUGAGUACAUGUGCGGAAAAGACACAAUUAGUGGGUUCAUAGAAGAGCCCACAGCCAUGAGCUUCAGCUUUAGAGAAUUUUACAUGGGUCCAUAUGUUUCAACAACCAUUUCUCAUAAUUCAUGUACCGACACUGCCAAACAAUUUUCAGCUCUUGAUUCACAAGCAGAGGACUCUGUAGCUCAAGGAGAAACAAAGGACUCUGUUCAAGAACAGGGUUCUAGUACUACUGCUCCUCCUAAUCCUAGUACUAGUGUUCCAUUUUGGUUCGAGAGCCACCCAUUUGUUGAAACUGAUUUGUCCGACGAAGAUAAUGAUGACUUCCUUUUCAAUGAAAACUCAUUGGUAUCCGAUUUGGAGUCAGAGUCAUCUAGCUCAAGUGGCUUAAUCUGGGGCAACGUCGACAACAAAGUUGACAGUGAUUCGUUAACUUAUGAUUUUCUUGUUGGUAAGAGCAUUGAUGAAAGGUUUGAGACUAAGAUUAUGAAGUUGAUGAUGCAAGAGAAUCGAAUCGAAGGUGAGGAUGCGAAACAAUCUUCAUCCGAUGAUGAUGAUGAUGGGUUCAUAGAAAUGGAACAGGUUAAGAACGAUUCGAAGUCCUUGAACACACAUGAAGAGAAAGGGUGGAGCAACGACAUGAAGAAAAGUGAAGCUAAGUGCGAAAAGAAUCUUCAAUCGAAUGAACCGGAUUCCAAUUUUGAUACUAACGAGGAUGAUUUGGAAUGGGAGCAUGAUGAUUUGGUGGAGCAAUUGAAGCUGGAGUUGAAAAAUGCAAGGCAAGGAGGACUAGCCACAAUUCCAGAGGAGGAGGAGGGCGAGGACAAAGAUGAAGACGAGAAAGAAGAGGGAGAGAAGGAGGAAAGCGAGAAAGAAGAGCUAACGGAGUCUCCGAAACCGAAAAUGGGGUUUGAUGUAGAUCUUGAGCAAUUGGAAGUCGAAGAGAAGGUUGAAUACAAUGAACAAGUAGAUGAAAUUGAGAGAGUUUACAAAAGCUAUGCAGAGAAGAUGAAGAAACUGGAUAUCUUGAAUUACCAGACCAUGCAUGCAUUAGGUCUAAUUCAACUUAACAAAGACCCUCUUAAAUUAAUUUCAAUACCAAAAUCCAUAACCCAAGGUGCAAAGCCCGUGAUUUCACAUAAUCUAUGGCCAAGAAAAGGAUCAAAGAACACAAAUGAUCCAAUUUUGAAACUUGUUCAUGAACUUCAUAGAGAUCUUGAAUUGGUCUAUGUUGGGCAAGUUUGUCUCUCAUGGGAAAUCCUUUGUUGGCAACACAAGAAGGCACAAGAGUUGCAACAAGAACAUCAUAGUCAUGGUCAUAGGUAUAACCUUGUUGCUGGUGAGUUUCAACUUUUCCAAGUUCUCUUGCAAAGGUUCAUAGAGAAUGAGCCGUUUCAAGGGCCGAGGAUUCAUAACUAUGUCAAGAACCGCUGCGUCAUUCGCAACCUUCUCCAAGUUCCAGCAAUCAAAGACGAUAGCUUGAAGGAUAGGAAUAUGAGUAAAGUAGAAGAAGAGGUUCCAAUUACAAGUGGAAGGUUGGCAGAUAUCAUAAAAGAAUGCAUGAGGGUGUACUGGGAAUUUGCCGGAGCAGAUAAGGAUUAUGGGAACGUGAUCUUUAAACUUUCUCAGCAAAUUGCAGCUGAACUCAAAGAUCCUUCAACUUCAGGUCUUAUAGACGAUAUGAGAGCUCAACUACAUAAGAAGGAGAAAUGGCUGAAGGACUUGGUGAGGAGUGGGAACUGCAUAGUAAGGAAGUUCCAAAAGCACCACGAAGACGAACUUGAUCAUGAGCAAUUGGUUGCCCAAGUUGGGUUGAGAUUAAUUUCAAGGGUCCUAAGCAUGUCAAAAUUAAGGAAGGAACAGGUUCUAUGGUGUAACGAAAAGUUGCACCGCAUCAGAUUCUUGAGCAGGAAGAACGUUCAGGUUGAACCUUCUUUCUCGCUUUUUCCAUGUUGAAUCAGAAGUCAGAACUAUAGAGAUACUUUAAUUUAACACAGAAAAUUAAUUAUAUACCUAAACUACCAUCUAGGAGCAUCUGCAUACAUUGAACUCAUUUUGUUCCAUUGUAUAUGUAUAAUAAUAAAGAUAUAAAGAUAUA